GAAUUACCUCGAAGAACUCAGCAGGUCUGGCAGCAUUGGCGGAGAAGAAAAGAGUUGACGUUUCGAAUCCUCAAGACCCUUCCAUAGAACUGAAUACCAUGUCAGAGCUGCCAGAAAUGGACCAUCUUCCUCCUGAAUUGCACAAGAAGACUGAAGGGGAGAGCAACAAAUCCAUGGAUUCUUUCCCACAGUGCAUGUCUAAUAAGCCUAGUCUGGCCAGGAAUGAUAAAGUGAACAUAUCCAACCUCAGUAAGUUUGAAAUUGCUUGCACCAUUGACAACAGCAACCCCAGUUAUGAAGGAAAUGAAACAAAUGAAAAGAUUCCAAUCCUGGAUGGAUUCAUUAUAGCAAGGCAUAACAAUCUGAAUAGGCCCAAGUCCUUGAGCAGUAACAUCAAUUGUUGUGAUCCCAAUGACCCUGUGUUAACCGAAAUAAACAGUCUACAUGGAACCUUGGAUACCUUCCACAGUAAUUCUAGUGAGGUUGGGUUGGAUAAACUGAACAUGCCCAAUUCUCAAACCUCAGCCUCUGAAGAGACAAAUAGUUCUGAUUGUGUUCUUUUUGUUGACACUGGAAAUCCAAGAGUGAAAGGCAACUUAAAUUUGGACUCGGAAAGCUAUGAGAAUUCCAGUGCCAGUGGUACUGAUCCCUCCAGCAUAUUUCAUGACAAAAACAUUACUGCAAGUUCUGGAAUUGGUUCAAAUCUUAUUUCAAGUUCUAGUGCUACUGGGUCUGCCUGUAACUCAGAGUCUGAUGAAAAUUUUGAAAGCUAUGAAGCUGAAGACACCAUCGAACCCAGCAAAUUUGAAAGAUGUUCAUUUUACAGGAAAUCUUUUGAUGAGGUACAGAUAAUUGGAAAGGGAUCCUUUGGUUCAGUUUACAAAGUGAGACAUAAAAUUGACAACCACACAUAUGCUAUCAAAUGUGUGCAAAUAACUUCGGACGUGGAUGCACAAAGCACAAUAAAGGAAGCCAGAACACUCGCAAACUUCUCUCAUCAAAAUAUCAUCCGUUACUUCAGUUCCUGGAUCGACACAUCUUCAUCACGGAAGAACAAAUAUCUCUGCAUUCAAAUGGAGUUGUGCAAGAAGACACUGAAGGAGUGGCUAGAAAACGUUGAUGUCAAUGAACUGGACAGGAAUCGGCUUCAAAUAGCUUUUCAGAUCAGUAAUGGCUUGGUUUACAUUCACAGUCAAAAUUAUAUCCAUCGGGAUUUGAAGCCUGCCAAUAUCUUCUUUGCAUCAGACGAAAAGAUCAAAAUUGGAGACUUUGGGCUCGUUACGUCCUGGAAGAGAGAAGGUUCUGAUCGGUUUCGCCGAUCACCAGACACUGGAACUCGUUUAUACAUGGCGCCAGAACAGAUGUCUGAAGAAUACAACCACAAAGUGGAUAUCUAUUCCUUGGGUCUUAUAUUAUUUGAACUUACAUCAUCUAUCUUGAAAUUUGGAACGAAUCAUGAGAAGCAGAAGAUAUGGGCUGAAGUGAAAGUUUGUGAUUUUCCCAUAGAAUUUACAAGGAAGUUUCCCAAAGAGACCAAACAGUUAAACAUCAUGCUGAAUGUUGACCCAACCAAAAGGCCUGAUGCUCUUGAAGUUCUGAAUUUAAUUCGAAAUCUGUCAACAACUGUAUUUCCUGAGUGAACUUGGAUUGCUUCUUGCUAAAGGUAGAACUCUUGCUGUUUAGCUUCAAGCCAGAAAACAUCUUACACUUGUAAAAGAAAUGAUGUAUAAAUUUAAGAAGCAUCUAGUACUUCCAUAUUCACAGUCUAUGUCAAGGAACUUACUUGCUUCUACUUUACCCACAUUUCUCAAAUAUCAUAGAACUCUAUGAUUACCUGAAGAGAUUUUCUUUCAUUAGUUCAGUUUCCAAGGUUCCUUUGUCAAUAACUUCCAAACUCACAAUCUUUACCAUCUGCUGUGCUACACCUUCAAGAGACGUGGUUAUGUUUUUAAUGUGCAUCACGCACUGUAAUUUUUAAGAGCAGGCAAGUCCUAGUUACUGCAUCGCUACAAGCUAACAUACUCCAACAGCUCCACCAAUCAAAUAUGGAUAUUGACCAUACAACCUGCUUGGCUGCGGAGAUGGUCUAUUGGCCAGGCAUCAACGACAAUGUUGCAACUGUUGUUUAGACAUGUCAAGCUCAUCAGCCAAGUCAAUGUCAGAAAACUUUUGUUCCUCAUGAGAGUCCUGUACUUCCAUAGGUGAAGGCUGCCAUUGAUCUAUUCCACAUUAAUGGCAGUGAGUACCUCAUUGUUACUGAUUACUUUUCUAAGUACCUGAUCAUUUAACAGCUACAUGACACGUUGGGUUCUGUGAUGGUGAAUUGUCCCGUCCAGAAGACAGGAAGGAAAAUACAUAUCUAUGUCAACCUAGCUAUUUUAUAAAAUAAUUACUUUACUUUAAAAAUGGAGAAAGGCUUUGCCCUCACAUGCCUGACUAGCCAUGACUCAUACCAGAGGAAUUUCUAACCUUCAGAAACCAGCAGGGACCUCGUCAUCUAUAAAAAGGCACUAAUGCCCCUUGUGACUGCAGAAAAUCUAAUUCCAAAGAACUGCACCAACACCUUUUAUGUUUCUAAGGCACAGCUGUGGCCAAUGGAGACAGUAUGUCUAGAAGGACAAAAAGGACCCUGACUCCUCUAUUAAACCUCUCAAGAUUCUAGACCUGGAAAAAUACAUCCUUUGUCCAACACCCAGAAGAAGAAGUGAGAGGUAUGUCACAUGACUUUUCCCAAGCUGCUGGAACUUGUAAUAUUGUCCUGUGGAACUGAGCCCAGGCAGUCUGCCAUUUUACCAGCUAACAGGUAGCAGCAGAAAGAGCUCUGUCCAGGUACAUUGCCUGGCCCUUAUCUACACUGUGUACCACUGGAAAAUCAGAACUCCUGUAUCUGAGCCUAAAAUACUCAUUCAUCUCUACGUGCCUUUUUCCACUGGGGAGGUCAUCGUUUCUGGGAAGACGGGUCAGCCUGCAACAGUUUUGGCCUGGUAACCUCUGAAGAAUGCACCAUUGGACAUUUGAUUUCCCCGGUACCCCUUUCUUUCCCUUAUUCCUCUUUUAUUGUAUGAGUGCAAAAGGGGGCCAAUGUCAUGAAUUCCCUUCCCACGUGUGUGUGUUAAAUAAACCAACCCACUUAUUUUACCAUU